UAGCGAGGCGCCGGCCGUACUUCCCGUCGGGGAGAGAGUGUAAUAUGGCGAAGACCUACGAUUACCUGUUCAAGCUGCUGCUGAUCGGGGACUCGGGGGUGGGGAAGACCUGUGUCCUGUUCCGCUUCUCCGAGGACGCCUUCAACUCCACGUUCAUCUCCACCAUAGGAAUUGACUUUAAAAUUAGGACCAUAGAGCUUGAUGGCAAGAGGAUUAAACUGCAGAUAUGGGACACAGCUGGCCAGGAGCGGUUUCGGACGAUCACAACAGCCUACUACAGGGGUGCCAUGGGUAUCAUGCUGGUCUAUGACAUCACCAAUGAAAAAUCCUUUGACAACAUCCGGAAUUGGAUUCGAAACAUUGAAGAGCAUGCCUCUGCAGAUGUGGAGAAGAUGAUACUGGGGAAUAAGUGUGACGUGAAUGACAAGAGACAGGUGUCCAAGGAGCGAGGAGAAAAGCUAGCACUCGACUAUGGGAUCAAGUUCAUGGAGACCAGUGCGAAGGCCAACAUCAAUGUGGAGAAUGCAUUUUUCACUCUUGCCAGGGAUAUCAAAGCAAAAAUGGACAAAAAAUUGGAAGGGAACAGCCCACAGGGGAGCAGCCAUGGGGUCAAGAUCACAGUGGAGCAGCAGAAGAGGACCAGCUUCUUCCGGUGCAGCCUCCUGUGAGGACAAGGUCACCGCUACCCUGAGCCUGGCUCAGCCCAGCUGACUGUGCCUGCCCCGGGCGAGCCUCCACCUCCGCUGCUUGGAUACAGCCACCCGGACACAAUUGAGAAAUUGAUUAUUUUAGUAACCGUCUGAUCUUUUCCACCUUCAGGGAUGGAACAAGUUAGAAUUUUGCUGUUUUUCCUGUGUCAUCUGCCAGUCAGGCCUAUCCAUCCCUUGUCAUAUUGCCACAGAUGGAGAGAGGUGGGGUGGGGGCAUUUCAACACCAUCUCCAGCCUUCUGUCCCUGCUCCUCCACCACAGAAGUGAGGCCAGCAGCGGUGCCCAACCUGCCUGGCCCUAUACCCUGAGCACCGCCACAAGAGCCACUACAGGCCAAGCCUGACACCUGCCUUCACCUGUCAGUUUUGGACAAGUGACAAAGAACCAUGUCCCCUGUCUCCUUACAUGUCAAACCAAAGGGAAGCACAAACUAAGGAAAAUCCAUGUAGAGGAUUUUGGAAGAAGCGGAUGGCUCUCAUGGCCACAGCAGGAUGGGAGUCUGUGUCCAGCACUGAGGGGACACUGUACCCCCAGCAGGCGACUCCACCAUCUC